AUGAGUGAAUCACCACUUUCGGAUACAUUAGAUGAUUUAUUAUACAAUGACGAUGAUAAUACAAAUUCUGAUGAUAAUAAUCAAUCAAAUGAAUAUACAAUACCUAGAACAAAUAUAUCGUCAAAUAAUGAAUUAAAAAUUAAAAUAAAAAAACGUAAAAAUGAACAAUCAUCAGAUAACAAAGAACAUAAAAGAAAAAAAAAAUCUAAAAAUCAACCAAUAUAUAUGCGUCGUAAUAUUCGUACUUUAUUAACAAAUGAUAAAUUACAAGAUGGUACAUUAACAGCACUUAAAGCUGAACAAGAUCGUCUUAAACGUCUUGAAGAAAUAAAACAUUCAUUACAAACAGUUUAUAAUCAUCAACCAACAAAUUAUAAUCAAACAUCAACAUUAACAAAAUCAAAUGAACAAGAAUGUAUUGUUUUAGAUGAUGAUGAUGAUGAUGAUGAUGAUGAUGAUGAUGAUGAUGAUGA